AUGCCUCCCCGAAGAGCGGCAAGAUAUCAUCCAACUAGGAUGAAUGUUGCACCUCAGGAACACGAGUUACCGAAUGUACCUAAAGUGCAACCUCAAUGGGUAGUUACCGACGCUGAGUUCUGUGAGACUAUUAGGAUGUUAAGUAAAGUUUUGACUAAUAAGGUUGGUCAAAAAAAAGGGGCUGACACUUUGAGGAUUCGAGAUUUUUGGAGGAUGAAUCCCCCAAGCUUCACUAGUUCGAGCAUUAUUAAUGAUCCAGAGAACUUCAUUGAUGAACCAAAAAAGUUGAAAGAUGGUAUAGAUGAAGAUCCACCACCUGCCAGUUGGGCUUUUUUUGAGGAGGACUUUUUGGGGUGUUUCUUUCCGCGAGGAAUGGGAGAGGGAAAGAAUGGUCCUGCUCCAUCAUAUGUUACUUCACCUGCAGCUAAUAACAAGGGUGAGAACUAUGGGCAGAGUUCCAGAGUUAAACAUGCCUAUUGUAGUGUAGUGCAAGGAGGUAGUCAGCCUCCUGCCAACGCCACGUGUAUUAGAGACCAGUCUGGUGUUUGUCGUUAG